CCAUUCAUCAGGCUGGCCGGCCUAUCAAUGACAUUUCUCCCAUCAGGGCUCCUAUAAAAUGAUGCUUUUUCCCAUGAACAUCCGCAAACAUUUUGACGGGUUUGGCUUUGCCCUGCUGGAUUACUAAGUGUCCCUUCUCUCUUGCUUUCUCUGUCCCCACUCUUUCCCUCCCUCCCUCUCUCUUUUCUAUUUCUCUCUCUUCACUUUUUUCUCUCCUUUUUCUUUACAUUGCUUUUCUUUUUCUUUCUUUCUUUCUUUCUUUCUUUCUUUCUUUCUUUCUUUCUUUCUUUCUUUCUUUCUUUCUUUCUUUCUUUCUUUCUUUCUUUCUUUCUUUCUUUCUUUCUUUCUUUCUUUCUUUCUUUCUUUCUUUCUUUCUUUCUUUCUUUCUUUCUUCCUUCCUUCCUUCCUUCCUUCCUUUCUUUUUCUCCCUCCCUUCUCCCCGCCCCCCCAACUCUCAGACAGGGGAUCUCCAAACCUCAGGACUUUUUUGGGGGGCUUCGGUACUGUCCAUGGGAAGAGCAUGCAUUGUGGGUUACUGGAGGAACCUGACAUGGAUUCUACAGAGAGCUGGAUUGAAAGAUGCCUCAAUGAAAGUGAAAACAAGCGCUAUUCCAGCCACACGUCUCUGGGGAAUGUUUCUAAUGAUGAAAAUGAGGAAAAAGAAAACAACCGAGCAUCCAAACCCCACUCAACACCCGCCACCCUUCAGUGGCUGGAGGAGAAUUAUGAGAUUGCAGAAGGUGUCUGUAUUCCAAGGAGUGCUCUCUACAUGCACUAUUUGGAUUUCUGCGAGAAAAAUGAUACACAACCUGUUAAUGCUGCCAGCUUUGGAAAGAUCAUAAGACAACAGUUUCCACAGUUAACGACAAGAAGACUCGGAACUCGAGGCCAGUCAAAGUACCACUACUAUGGCAUUGCUGUGAAAGAAAGCUCUCAGUAUUAUGAUGUGAUGUAUUCAAAGAAAGGAGCUGCUUGGGUCAGCGAGUCAGGGAAGAAAGAAGUGAGCAAGCAGACAGUGGCAUACUCCCCCAGGUCCAAGCUGGGCACCUUGCUGCCUGAGUUCCCCAACGUCAAGGACCUGAAUCUGCCUGCCAGUCUGCCAGAGGAGAAGGUUUCGACCUUCAUCAUGAUGUACAGAACCCAUUGUCAGAGGAUACUGGACACUGUAAUAAGAGCCAACUUUGAUGAGGUUCAAAGUUUUCUUCUGCACUUUUGGCAAGGAAUGCCCCCCCACAUGCUGCCUGUGCUCGGAUCCUCCACAGUGGUCAACAUCGUCGGCGUUUGUGACUCGAUACUGUACAAGGCGAUUUCUGGAGUGCUUAUGCCCACCGUGCUCCAAGCAUUGCCGGACAGCUUAACUCAGGUGAUCCGAAAGUUUGCCAAACAGCUGGAUGAGUGGCUCAAGGUCGCCCUUCAUGAUCUCCCGGAAAACUUGCGAAACAUCAAGUUCGAACGUAAGUUAUUGGGAGGGCCCGGAAAUGGAGGCGGUGGUGGAAGGGGACAAUUCCAUGCCCACCGGGAUAAAGGACUGGCAUCAAGAACUGUGAUCCACAGCGCAGACAUUACUUUUCAAAUGCUAGAGGACUGGAGAAAUGUGGAUCUGAACAGCAUUACCAAGCAAACCUUGUAUACCAUGGAAGAUUCCCGAGAGGAACACAGGAAACUCAUCAUACAGUUGUAUCAAGAGUUUGACCAUCUCCUCGAGGAGCAGUCGCCCAUUGAAUCCUACAUCGAGUGGCUGGACACCAUGGUGGACCGAUGCGUUGUGAAGGUAGCUGCCAAGCGACCAGGUUCCUUGAAGAAAGGCCAGCAGUUCCUCCUGAUGUGGUCUUGCUUUGGCACCCGGGUGAUCCGAGACAUGACUUUACAUAGUGCCCCCAGCUUCGGGUCUUUUCACCUCAUUCACCUGAUGUUUGAUGACUAUGUGCUGUAUCUGUUGGAAUCUCUCCAUUGUCAAGAGAGAGCCAAUGAGCUCAUGAGAGCCAUGAAGGGGGAAGGAAGCACUGCAGAGGUCAGAGAGGAGAUCCUGUUGACAGAGCCCACUCCGCCGACUCCAUCGCCCGUGCCCUCCUUCUCGCCGGCAAAAUCUACCACUUCUGUAGAAGUCCCGCCUCCCUCCUCACCUGCCAGCAACCCAUCCCCGGAGUAUACUGGCCUCACCACAACAGGAGCAAUGCAGUCCUACACCUGGUCCCUUACAUACACAGUGACAACGGCUGCUGGUUCUCCUGCUGAAAGCUCCCAACAGCUGCCCUGUAUGAGAAGCACUCAUGUACCUUCUUCCUCAGUCACCCAUCGGAUACCAGUCUAUCCCCACAGAGAGGAGCAUGGCUACACUGGGAGUUACAACUAUGGAACGUAUAGCAACCAGCAUCCUCACCCAAUGCAGAGUCAGUACCCUUCCCUACCACAUGACACGGCCAUUUCGGGGCCACUCCAUUAUUCUCCGUACCACAGGGGCUCCUCACAGUACCCAUUCAACAGCCCCACCUCUCGGAUGGAGCCUUGUUUGAUGAGCUCUGCCCCUAGACUCCACCCUACGCCAGUUACUCCUCGAUGGCCAGAAGUACCCUCAGCCAACACGUGCUACCCAAGCCCACCUGUGCACUCUGCAAGGUAUGGGGGCUCUAGUGACAUGUACACCCCCCUGGCCACCCGCAGGAAUUCUGAGUACGAGCACAUGCAACACUUUCCUGGCUUUGCCUAUAUCAACGGAGAAGCUUCAACAGGCUGGGCAAAAUGAAAAUGACUGGUAUAGUAUGAACCCAUAUUUAAUAUUAAUAAUAAUAAUUAAUAAUAAUAAUUAAAAACCCAACCAACCAACACCAGAAGGCUUGAUCUCUUUCACCUUUUAGAGCUCAUGGGUCUAUAUCUAGAUAUCUGCUUUCCUAAUAAACAUGAAGCUGGGUUAGAACUGUCAAUGAGUAAACCAUAGUUCAGAAACAGAACUCACUAAACUCCAGCAUGGCAGUAUUUCUGUAGGUCAGCCAACUUGGACUAUUUCUGUGGAGUGCUGUCUUCGGGAGGCUAACCCAUGCCUUCUCCCUCUGUUCCAAGACUAUGUCUUGUGUGGUGCCUGGCCCAGUAAGCCUUCCGUUCCGUGUUGACAAACACUCUUUAGUCUUGAGGGAUGGAUGCUGGACACAGAAUGGAGUUUUCUUUUAUUUGGCGCGUGCUCAGUCCAUCAAGAAGAGAGGUCUUGACAUUCGUCCUUCGCUUUACUUAUUGUCCAGUGAGCACUCGAGAGAGGUGUUCUGCAGAGUUCUGUGGUGUUCUCCUUUCUGCUACACCUGGAUAGAACUGCAUUAUUUGGAACCUUCAUAUUCUCCUAAACAGCAUUAUUUGUGAUAGCACCUGCAUUAUCGUUCAUUGUAAGCAUUGUCUUGUUUGUGGGGGGAUGGGGUGGGGAAGGGAGGGGAGGGUUUGCACAUGGCAGAGAGAGGGGGAGAAGGUGGGAGAGAGAGAGAGAGAGAGAAAGGGAGGGAGGGGGAGAGAGAGAGGGAGAAAGAAGGAGAGAGAGAGAGAGAGAGAGAGAGAGAGAGAGAGAGAGAGAGAGAGAGAGAGAGAGAGAGAGAGAGAGAGAGAGAAGCCUGCUCUAUCCUACCUUAAGUUGGAGGAGAUUCUUCUAUGUGUGUUGGUCCUAAGUUUGCACAACUGCUAUUGUCAGUCAGGGAAAGAAGGGAAGAAGAGGGAUCUUUGAUGUUUUUUGAGAUCGUGGAUGUUUGGCAUUGAACGUCACAUGCCAGCUAUGCCAGGUUCAUGUUGCAAAUGAAAUGAAGCCAACUCAGCCUGGCCAAGCACCAAGGGUGACAAAGGCUCUUCUUGUUCCUUCACGAGACUAUAACAAUUUCUGACACUUUGAUAGGAAAAAAAAUAUUUCAAAGAUGUGCCUUUGAGCCCCUACUGUAUAUGUGUAUGUGUGGAAACAAAGCAUAUCAUACUCCUGGGAAAACUUUCUGUAGACAUUUUCUUUCUGUCCAAUUGGUAGUAAUCUGUGAACUUUGUUAGUGGUUAUUAACAUAGACUUUACUUCUGUAUUAUAAAAUGUACCGAACAAUUAUGGUGGACCUAUUACCCUAUGGGUAAGAAACACAUAAAUGGAAAUAUGACACCGGCUGUUGUAGCAAUUGUUGUGUAAAUAAAAUCUUUGAUAGCA